AUGGACUUGACGGAUAAAGAAUAUACACAGAAGAUAGCACGAAAAGAAUGGCGAAAAUUGAGGAAGAAACAACGUAAGAAAGCUGCAAGAGUUGAAGCAGCAAAACUGAGACAGAAAUUGAAUGAAGAAGAAGCGAAAGAAUCCGAUGAAGAAGCAAAAAAACUGAGGAAAGCCGAGGAAAUACAACACAAUUCAUUGAGAAUUCUGUGGGAAUACAGGGAGCGGCAGAUUGAGGAAGCUAACGCCCGACGAAUGGAAGAAGAGAGAAGAAAAAAGAUUGUUCAGGAGAAUUGGGAGAAGGCGAUAAAAAGUAUAAAAGUGCAGCAGAAACCAAUAACAGAGCAUGAUUCGAAGAAGGAUAACUUGGAGGAGCAACAUAACGUAACUCCGGACGAGACGAACUCUGUGCUUGUUACAGAAUAUGGCACUGACAAAGAUCCAAUCAACUGCUCAUUCUAUUUGAAGACUGGUGCUUGUCGAUAUGGCGAUUCAUGUGCUAGAAUGCAUGCAUAUCCAGAUAAAAGUGUUACCGUCUUAAUUAAGAAUAUGUAUCAGGGCAUGCCUGUUAAUCUGGCUGACGAAGAGAAUGAUGACAACUUGGAGUAUGACGAGGUGGAAGCUGAGCGGCAUUUUGCAGAGUUUUUUGAAGACAUACAUGCUGAAUUACAAAAGUAUGGGAAAAUUGUACAAUUAAAGGUGUGUAAUAACUUUGAGCCUCAUCUUAGAGGUAAUGUUUACGUUCAGUAUUCGGAAGAAAAUUCUGCAGAAAAAGCGAUAAGCGAGAUACGGGGCAGAUGGUAUGCUGGGAAGCAGUUGAUCGCAGAAUAUUGUCCGGUGAAAAAAUGGAAAUUUGGGAUCUGCGGAUUCUAUGAUAAGAACAAAUGCCCAAGGGGGAUUCAUUGUAAUUUCUUACACGUAUUUAAAAAUCCGCAGGGCCUUUAUUCCGAGGCAGAUAAUGGGCUUGAAAACACGAAUCGUACAAGAAGUGACUCAGAAUUGUCUAUAAAUACAAAUAACACAAAAUCGGUUCAACCCACACCGUUAUCAGCGACGUCUCAAUCACCUCCAUCUCCAUCUCAUACGACAACUACAGUUUCAACCAGUUCUCAUUCCCGCUCUCGCUCCCCUCCUCGAGUUCGUCGAACACUCUCCAGUCAGCGGGAUACGUAUCACCGCAGAAGACAUCACUACGAGCAUCAUUCUGAUUAUUACCAUCGCCACCGACGGAACAGAAGUCGCCCUAAAGAUCAUGAUGCUAAUGAUGAGGAAAUAUAUAGUGAGAGGGACGGGGAUAAGAAACGUGAUAAAAAUGAGAGGAACGGAAGACAUAUGAAAGAAACUAAGAGACAAGGGAUAGAGGACAAGAAAAAAAGAAGCCGAAAAAGUAGAGGGGAUAGGGUGGAUGAUAGUAAACGGAUUGGAGAUAAAAGAAGUAAAGUUGAAGGCAGAGAACGAACAAGUGGAAAUUGUUUGCAUGAUAAUAACACAAGCAAGGACAAUACGUAUGCACUACGUUCACCAUCCCGCGCUUCUCAAUCGCCUUCAUAUACACUCCAAUCACCUCGUACUCCACAUUUGUCUAGCUAA